GCCGAGACGGCAUUUUAGGAAUGUUUAGAAAUUGGUUAAAUAGUCUUUGCUCUGUACAGAAUUCUGUAGUAAAGACGUGAUCUUCUUAAAGAAACGACAGUAUGAAUGAAUAGUCUAUCGAAUCUACUGGAUAAAGUUUUCAUGAAAUACUUUCUAUUUAAAUAAAUUAAGCUUACGGAUUUCUCGAAGCAAAAGGAUUUACACGUCUUUUAAGGAUAUUCAGAGCACCAUGAUGUUGUCCGCGUUGUGUUUGCUGCUGAUGCUGUGGAGUGCACGAGGCAGCGGAAUAGCAGAGAGCCGAGAAGACAACAGCGUGUAUGACUUAUUUGAGCUCGCAAAAGUCAGUAAAAAACACAAUGGAGUGAGCCUAGUAAAGGGACCUGACCCUUACAGCCCUGCUUACAAAAUCCUCAACCCCAACCUGAUCCCUGCCAUCCCUGAGCGCUCCUUCAGGGAUCUCAUUUACUCCAUCCAGGAGGAAAGAGGCUUCCUGUUCGUGGCUAACCUCAAGCAAGCCAAGAAGACCAGGGGCAGCCUGUUUUCUGUAGAGAGGAUUGAUGGCUCUGGUUCCAUUUUUGAGCUUGUCUCAAAUGGGAAUGGCAAUACGUUAGAUCUGAUUUAUGCCACAGAAAGCGGGCACCAUGAGAUCUCAAUUGACGACGCACGACUGGCCAGCGGCAGCUGGGAGAACAUCACCCUGUUUGUGGAAGAGGACCGUGCACAGCUCUAUAUUGGUUGUGAACAGAUAAACACAAGUGAACUAGAUGUGCCUAUUCACCAGAUUCUGACACAGGAUGUCGCUGAUGUCUCUGUUCUUAGGAUUGGAAAAGGAGCAGUGAAAAGCAGAUUUCUGGGUGUGCUCCAGAAUGCACGAUUUGUAUUUAGAACCACUUUGGAGACAAUCCUCCGUAACAUGGGAUGUGAGAGCUCUCACUUCAUCAUAGACGUUGUGACCCUCGACAACCCAGUGAAUGGCUCCAGUCCAGCAAUACGCACAGAUUACACGGGACACAAGACCAAAGAUCUCCAGGACAUCUGUGGCUUCUCUUGUGAUGACUUGGCCAGCAUGUUUAAAGAGCUCAAGGGACUUGGUGUGGUUGUUAAGCAACUGUCAAAUCAGCUCCACCAAGUGACUUCAGAAAAUGCUCUGAUAAAGACCCAAAUUAAGAAAUUCAGUGGAGUGUGCCUGCAUAAUGGCAUUAUCUACAAAGACAAGGAUGAGUGGACGGUGGACAGCUGCACCCAUUGCACCUGCCAGAACUCUGCCACUAUUUGCCGGGAAAUCUCCUGCCCUCUUAUGCCUUGUGCCAAUGCCACUGUUCCUGACGGUGAAUGCUGCCCACGUUGUGGAACCUUGAAUGAUGAUGCUGAUGAUGGCUGGUCUCCCUGGUCCGAGUGGACCUACUGCUCAGUUACCUGUGGCCGUGGCAUCCAGCAACGGGGGCGCUCAUGUGAUCGCAUCAACAGCAACUGUGAAGGCACUUCAGUGCAGACAAGAGACUGCUACUUGCAAGAAUGUGACAAACGCUUCAAGCAAGAUGGAGGCUGGAGCCACUGGUCUCCCUGGUCAUCAUGUUCAGUGACCUGUGGCAUUGGUGUCAUUACUCGCAUCCGCCUCUGUAACUCACCCACACCACAAAUGGGAGGCGAAGACUGUCAAGGAGAAGGCAGGCAGACAGAACCAUGCAAGAUGUCCCCUUGUCCAAUCAAUGGAGGUUGGGGGCCAUGGUCACUAUGGGAUUCUUGCUCUGUUACUUGUGGAGGUGGACUGCAGAGCAGGCAUCGGCUCUGCAACAAUCCUGUGCCCAAAUAUGGUGGAAAAGAGUGCAUUGGCGAUCCCAAAGGCACCCGUAUAUGCAGCUCUCAAGACUGUCCCAUUGAUGGCUGCCUUUCCAACCCUUGCUUUGCUGGUUCUAAGUGCACCAGCUUUCCUGAUGGCUCCUGGAAGUGUGGGGAGUGUCCAGUUGGCUAUACUGGAGAUGGAAUUCAUUGUCAAGACAUUGAUGAGUGCAAAAUGGUUCCUGACGCUUGCUUCACGCUCAAUGGAGUCCAUCGUUGUGAGAACACAAAUCCAGGCUAUAACUGCCUACAAUGUCCUCCUCGCUACUCUGGAAAUCAGCCUUUUGGCAGAGGCAGUGAGCAAGCAAUGGCCAAUAAACAGGUCUGUACACCCAGGAACCCAUGUGAGGACGGCAGCCAUAACUGUAACAAAAGGGCCAAUUGUAUUUAUUUGGGCGUUUUCUCUGACAUCAUGUUUCGCUGCGAAUGCAAGCCAGGCUACGCUGGUAAUGGUUAUAUAUGUGGAGAGGACCCUGACCUGGAUGGCUGGCCCAACACUGAUCUCCACUGUGUUGAAAAUGCCACCUACCACUGCAAGAAGGACAACUGCCCUGACCUACCCAACUCUGGGCAAGAGGACUAUGACAAAGAUGGAAUGGGAGAUGCUUGUGAUUAUGAUGAUGACAAUGAUGGGAUCCCUGAUGAUAGGGACAACUGCCCAUUUGUCUUCAACCCAAGGCAAGCUGAUCAAGACCAAGAUGAAGUCGGUGAUCGCUGUGAUAACUGCCCAUAUAACAGCAAUCCAGACCAGAUUGACACAGACAAAAAUGGAGAAGGCGAUGCUUGUGCAAUUGAUAUUGAUGGUGAUGGUAUUCUGAAUGAAAACGACAACUGCCCGUACGUGUACAAUGUUGACCAGAGAGACACUGACCAUGAUGGGGUUGGAGACCACUGUGACAACUGUCCAUUGCAGCACAACCCUGAUCAGAUUGACUCUGAUUCAGAUAAUGUGGGUGACAAAUGCGACAGCAAUCAGGACAUUGAUGACGAUGGUCACCAGAAUAAUCUAGACAACUGCCCAUACAUCCCCAAUGCCAACCAGGCUGAUCAUGACAAAGAUGGAAAGGGUGAUGCAUGCGACCAUGAUGAUGACAAUGAUGGUGUGCCUGAUGACAAAGAUAACUGUAGACUGGCCCCUAAUCCAGAUCAGUUAGAUUCUGAUGGUGAUGGACGUGGUGAUGUUUGCAAGGAUGACUUUGACCAAGAUAAUGUCCCUGAUAUUGUGGAUGUUUGUCCAGAGAACUUUGCCAUCAGUGAAACAGAUUUCCGUAGGUUUCAGAUGGUUCCUCUAGACCCUACAGGAACUUCACAAAUUGAUCCUAACUGGGUGGUCCGCCAUCAGGGUAAAGAGCUUCUUCAGACAGUUAAUUGCGACCCUGGCAUUGCUGUUGGAUAUGAUGAAUUUAAUGCAGUGGAUUUUAGUGGAACAUUCUUCAUCAACACUGACCGAGAUGAUGAUUAUGCUGGAUUUGUGUUUGGAUAUCAGUCCAGCUCUCGCUUCUAUGUAGUGAUGUGGAAACAGAUCACACAGACCUACUGGUCUCACUCACCCACAAAAGCUCAGGGCUACUCUGGACUGUCCAUCAAAGUUGUCAAUUCUACCACUGGUCCAGGAGAACACCUUAGGAAUGCUUUGUGGCAUACGGGAGACACAACCGGACAGGUGCGUACUUUGUGGCAUGACCCUAAGAAAAUUGGUUGGAAAGAUUUCACUGCCUACAGAUGGCAACUGAUCCAUAGACCCACUAGUGGACUUAUCAGAGUCAUCAUGUAUGAAGGCAAGAAAGUCAUGGCAGAUUCUGGAAAUAUAUAUGACAAGACAUAUGCUGGUGGAAGACUUGGUCUUUUUGUCUUCUCUCAGGAGAUGGUUUACUUUUCAGACCUUAAAUAUGAAUGUCGAGACGAUUCUGAAAGGAACAGGACGAAUUUUUAAGACUGUCUCUUUACUUUUUUGUCAACCAAACAAAAAAGGAAAAGGAAAUGUGACCUUUGAAUGAACACCAGCUGGAUGACAAACAUGUACCUGCCAAACAGCAGGUAAAUCAUCAUCUCUGCAUGGAACAGGGAGACGAACCCCUUUUUAGACGUUUUUAAUCUGGACUCCUGUUGAUGAGGACUAUAAAGAAGAAGAGUUAUUGUUUAUAAUUUAAAUGUACAGAUCUGCUGUGGACUAUGAUCCUGAGAGAAAGAAACCUCUCAUAAUAUGAAGUAAAAUCUGUGUUCUGUGUCCUUCUAGUACACAGAAAUAUGUCUGUUACUUCAAGCAAAUGAGUGUUUUUAUAUGAAUAUUUGUCAGAAAGAUCCCACUUGAUGUUUGUGUGCUAACUGAAAAGCCACUUGCCCUUUUCUAGAGGCAUUAAAUACAUUCUGAUGUGCUCAGGGUUUAAGGGACCUUCAUCAAUAUAUCAGAGCAAAACAGUAUGUACCACAAAGUUACUUACAGCAAUAUUUAGACUAUAUCUACAUGGGAAAUUUAUUAUUGUCUGUUACUAUGUAACAAGCAGAUAGACAUUCCAGCUGUCACAAUUUACUAAUUUAUAUUAUUGACACCCCUUGCAUGUGCGCGUGUGUGUGUGCGCGCGCAUGUGUGUGCCUGUGUGGACGUGCAUGUGCUUGUGCGUAUGCGAGCGUGUGUGUGAUAAAACAUUGAGAACAAACUGGAUCUUUGUAGAAACUCUUAUAUUACACAUUAAAUAAUAAUAAUUUUUAUCCGAAAUCCAAACCAUUUUGUAGUUUUUAGCCAUGCUUGUACUAUGCUCUGUAUUCUAAACAGCAAGGAAAGACAAUAUACAAAUAAUACCUCAUACUAGAAUAUAAAUCAGUUACAUUUUUUUUUUUAGUUAGCAAAUGUAAUACAAUCAUAUGUUUUCAAAAUGUAUAUAAUACAAAAUAUUUUUGCCAAAUAAAAAUACUCCUACAGGGCAUACAUGUUUUUUUUUAAAUGAAUAAAUGAUGCAUUUUUAAAUAAUAAAUUAUUAUUGAUGUUCGAUGUAUUUGACGAUGCAGUUUCAUGUUUGUAGAUAUGUGCUAUUUAAAUAAUUUAUCAGGAAGUGUGAUGUAUUUGGAAGUGUUCUGUAUGUAUAAACAGUUUGCACAGUGAGGUGAGGAUGUGUUUAUUGUCUUUUGUUCUUUUUAUUGUUGUUGUUGCUGUUGUUGUUUGACACCCCCCCUCCCCGAUCCCCCGAGGAUUGCCUUGUACUAUGAGGGUUGCCUUAUAUUUUUAUAUUUAAAAUUUUCUCCGGAAAUGCUGUUUUUACUUGUCUGUUAUGUUUAAAAGAACAAACGAACAAUAAACCGUUAAAGAUUAAA